AUGGCACCACCGAGCAUAACCAAAACAGCUACACCCAUAGAUGUAAUAGGCCUCGUCGAAAUAACUAACCCACCCUUAUCCAUCACCUUAAAUGACUCAUGUUUUCUUGCAAAUGGCCACCCUUUUCUCACUCAAGUCCCACCCAACAUAACAACCACCACCCCUUCCCCUUUUCUCCAUAAUUCCAAAUCCAACUACAAUACCACGUUGCAACAUGGUUGCUUCGUUGGUUUCAACACCACCGAACCCAAAAGCCACCACGUGGUUCCACUUGGCAAACUCAAAGGAAUCCGGUUCAUGAGUAUAUUCCGUUUUAAGGUUUGGUGGACAACUCAUUGGACCGGAACCAACGGACAUGAGUUAGAACAUGAGACACAAAUGUUAAUCCUUGACCAAAACAAAUCACUCGGACGCCCCUAUGUUUUACUUCUCCCAAUCAUCGAAAACUCCUUCAGAACCUCUCUUCAACCAGGUGUCCAUGAUUACGUGGACAUCUGCACAGAGAGUGGUUCAACACAUGUCCUCGAGUCCCACUUCAAAUCAUGUCUUUACAUCCACGUCAGCAAUGACCCCUACCGUUUAGUAAAAGAAGCAAUGAAAGUAAUCCGGACCCACUUAGGAACAUUCAAGUUACUUCAAGAAAAAACACCACCAAAUAUCAUUGAUAAAUUCGGUUGGUGCACCUGGGAUGCAUUUUAUUUGAAAGUGCAUCCCAAAGGUGUGUGGGAAGGUGUUAAGGGUCUUACAGAGGGUGGGUGUCCUCCAGGUCUAGUCUUAAUAGACGAUGGUUGGCAAUCCAUUUGUCAUGAUGAUGAUCCAAUUACUGACCAAGAAGGUAUGAACCGAACCUCAGCUGGGGAACAAAUGCCAUGUAGGCUAAUAAAAUAUGAAGAAAAUUAUAAAUUUAGAGAAUAUAAAAGUCCUAAAAAUGAAUGUAACAAAGGUAUGGGUGGUUUUAUUAGGGACUUGAAGGAAGAGUUUAAGAGUGUUGAGAAUGUUUAUGUUUGGCAUGCACUUUGUGGGUAUUGGGGUGGGGUUAGACCUAAAGUGAAGGGCAUGCCCGAAGCUAAGGUUGUUACUCCGAAGCUGUCUCCGGGGCUGAAGAUGACAAUGGAGGAUUUAGCGGUGGAUAAGAUUGUUAACAAUGGUGUAGGGUUAGUGCCACCAAAUUUAGCCCAAGAAAUGUUUGAAGGGCUUCACUCUCAUUUGGAAUCGGUGGGCAUUGACGGUGUUAAAGUUGACGUUAUUCAUUUGCUUGAGAUGCUAUCAGAGGAGUAUGGUGGACGUGUUGAGCUUGCUAAAGCCUAUUACAAAGCACUGACCUCAUCAGUGAAGAAACAUUUCAAUGGCAAUGGAGUUAUUGCCAGCAUGGAGCAUUGCAACGACUUCUUUCUCCUUGGCACAGAAGCCAUUUCCCUUGGACGUGUAGGAGAUGAUUUCUGGUGUUCUGAUCCAUCUGGUGAUCCAAAUGGUACAUAUUGGCUCCAAGGUUGUCACAUGGUACAUUGUGCCUAUAACAGUUUAUGGAUGGGAAAUUUCAUUCACCCAGAUUGGGACAUGUUUCAAUCCACUCACCCUUGUGCUGAAUUUCAUGCUGCCUCUAGAGCUGUCUCUGGUGGACCAAUUUAUGUUAGCGAUUGUGUCGGUAAUCACAAUUUCAAGUUGCUUAAAACUCUUGUUUUGCCUGAUGGUUCUAUCUUGCGUUGUCAACAUUACGCACUCCCUACACGAGAUUGCUUGUUUGAAGACCCUUUACAUGAUGGCCAAACAAUGCUCAAAAUUUGGAAUCUCAACAAAUACACGGGUGUUUUGGGCUUAUUCAAUUGCCAAGGAGGUGGGUGGUGUCCUGAGACACGACGAAACAAGAGUGCGUCUGAAUUUUCACACCUAGUUACAUGUUAUGCAAGUCCUGAAGAUAUUGAAUGGUGCAAUGGUAAAAGCCCAAUGUGCAUCAAAGGUGUGGAUGUGUUUGCUGUGUAUUUCUUCAAGGAGAAGAAACUGAAGCUCAUGAAGUGUUCCGAUAAAUUGGAAGUUUCACUCGAGCCAUUCAGUUUUGAGCUAAUGACAGUGUCUCCAGUGAGGGUGUUUUCAAAAGGGUUGAUUCAGUUUGCUCCAAUAGGGUUGGUGAACAUGCUUAACUCUGGUGGUGCUGUUCAGUCUGUGGAGUUUGAUGAUCAUGCUAGUUUGGUGAAAAUUGGGGUGAGGGGUUGUGGGGAAAUGAGUGUAUUUGCGUCUGAGAAACCAGUUUGUUGCAAAAUAGAUGGGGUGGCUGUGAAAUUUGAUUAUGUUGACAAAAUGGUGAGAGUCCAAAUUCCCUGGCCUAGUUCUUCAACUUUGUCUUUGGUUGAGUUUUUAUUUUGAUCCCUCACAAGGUUUAGUUUGGGAAGGUAUAAAUAAAUAAAAGUAUUGUUAUCUAUUUUUUUUUAAAGGGAAAUGUUAAAAUGUAUCGUAAGGACACAUGUUAAAGUAAUGAAUAUGAAAAUUAAGUAUUAAAAA